AUGAACUCGUCCAAGGAAGUUAUCAUCAUCGGUGGAGGCAUCUCCGGUCUCGGUAUGGCAGUGCAAUUGAAGCGUAUGCUUGGGCAUGACAAUUUUACUAUCUAUGAGAAAUCCGAUAACAUCGGGGGAACCUGGUGGCACAAUCGGUAUCCCGGAUGCGCUUGCGAUAUUCCCAGCCACUUCUACUCUUUUAGCUUUGCUUUGAAGCCGGAUUGGACGACCAUGUAUCCGGGACGUGAUGAGUUACAUGGAUAUUUCAUGUCUGUCGCUGAGGAGUACGAAAUCAUCCCUCACUGCCGAUUCAACGCCAUGUGUCUUAACCUGGUCUGGGACUCCACUCGAUCUUUGUGGGUGUGUACAUUUCAGGACACAAUCAGUGGAGAGAUGUACACAAGAGAAGCUCCCGUGGUAGUCAGUGCAGUUGGCACACUGGAUCGUCCUUUCAUUCCUGAAAUCGAGGGAUCAGAGACGUUCACGGGCAAAACCUUCCACAGUGCGCGUUGGGAUGACACUUUGAAACCUCAAGGAAAAGACAUUGUCGUCCUGGGUAAUGGCGCAUCAGCCACCCAGUUUGUUCCCGAGUUGGUGAGGGAGGUUGGCCCAAAAGGAAGUGUCACUCAGUUUGUUCGAAGUGCCCAUUGGUGGACGAAAAGAGUAAUAUUCUCCCUGGCCUUCCAUCACUUCCCACGUCGUCCUUACAUUGGAAACCCGAAGUACUCUGAAACUUUUAAGAUGAUGAUGAAAUAUGUGCCAUUUGCAGCUCGUGCGUACCGCUUGCUCUUGGCAUGGGAACUGGAGAGCGUGUUUUUCUCAUUCCACAUGAACGCGAGAGGUAGGGCUAUGCGUCAGCAAACUCGAGACGCCACCCAUGCCUAUAUCGAGAAUGAUGCUCCCUCGAAAUAUCGUGAGAUUUUGAAACCCAACUAUGAGCCUGGCUGCAAACGCCGAGUCAACACUGCAACCUACCUCGCUUCGCUGCAUUCGCCACAGAUGUGCCUGACCAAGGAUCGCGUCGUCAAGAUCGGUCCAGACCACGUGGUUACCGAAGCAGGAGACCGAUACCCUGCAGAUGCUAUUAUUUACGCCACCGGGUUUCUCACUCAGAAGUGGCUCCAUCCUAUCGAGGUCAAAGGCGUCGGGGAAAGGGACUUGCAUCAGAUAUGGGAGGCGUCUGGCGGUGCCGAGGCCUAUAAAGGCACCGUAGUCACUGGUUUCCCGAACUUCUUCAUUCUAUACGGGCCCAAUGCUGCUACUGGUCAGCAUUCUGUCAUCUUCCAUUCGGAAUGUCAGAUCAACUACUCGUGCCGCCUCCUGCGCAAGGUCUUGGGUGGGCAGGCUGACUCUAUCAUGGUCAAGCAGAUGGCACAGAAGCGCGACCUCACCUGGGUACAUAAGAAGCUUCAGGGACUUGUAUUCAACAGCGGUUGCCAGAGCUGGUGGAUGGACCCCGUCACGAAGAAGAACACGUUCAUCUACCCCGACCCCAUGUAUAAGUACUGGGCGCGCACUAUCUUCCCACGCUGGUCAGACUUCGAAGUUAAAGCAAGUCAGCCAAACCACAGUUUCGCCGUGACAAUCAUUGGAAUUGCUUUAUCUUUGGGUGCAUUGACAUGGUCCUUUACCUCGCUCGCGGGUACCGCUAAGAUGUUUGAGGAAGCAAGUUGGUUGGCGGGCGGGAAGUGGCUUACGGAUUAUCUUUGA